AAUACUUAUAUUUAUCGGCAGGAAGCUUGGCGCUCUACUUGUACAUCCUGGAGAAGGCUGGCGAGCAGGCUGUGAAGAUGGUAUCCUGGUUACCGCUGCUCUGCCUCACGGUCUACGUCAUGGCCUACAACAUCGGCCACGCCUGCGUGCCUGAUGUUCUUUUAGGGGAAAUGUUACCACCAUGGUUCAAGGAGAAGGCCGGUGCGAUAACGGUGCUCAGUUCAAAUACCAUGCACCUGUUGAUGGUCAUUUUGUUCAGCCAACAAGAGGACUCACUUCAAUCAUACGGCUUAUUUCUAGCACUGGCUGCUCUCAACGUUGCUACAGCAAUACUGAUCGCUAUGUUCGUCAAGGAAACAAAAGGAAAAACACUGCAGGAAAUAUCAGAACUUUUCGAAGAGAAGUCAAAACUUAUUGAAUACGGAAGUAUUGAACGUUGAUUCCAAUUCUUCGUCUUCCUUUACUAAAGGUUUCCACGGGCAGCAAUACUUGAACCUUGAAGUAACGGCUUUCAAAUUUUAGUUGCUUGUUGUUUGGUUUGCUGUGGUUUACAAAGACGUGUCUUAGAUCUAUUCUAAAGAAUAGAGUGCUAUGCUGUAAUUCAAGUUGACCUUUUUGAGACCACUUUAAUAAAUUAAGAAGUGAUUACAAUUUUCAUUGCAAUGUUAAAUAUUUUGCUUUAAUAAAGAUUUCUUCGCCUGUGA